CGCAGUUUUGUCGAAAGAAGAAGAUAGUCCCUCCUGGUUUGCCGUACCUUACGAAAACGAAGGUUAGUUAGCUUGCGUGCUAACUUCACAUGACGGCGUGCUGACAUUGAGGACAGCUACGACAACCCGCGCUUCUUAUCCCCCUUUAAAAUAAGAGGAUCCUCAUCAUGGUGUCUGGAAAGCGGCUGGCUGACAUCGGCUACAAGACGUUUUCUGCUUCGAUGAUGCUGCUGACGGCCUACGGAGGCUACCUGUGUGCGAUGCGAGGGUACCGCUAUAUGCAGAAGCAAAAACAGCUGAAACUGGCAGCAGAAAACCAGGACCCUGAAGUCAUCAAAGACUGACGUGAGAUGGACUAUCCUUGUUUUUGCACAGAUGAGGACAUUACCCAUUCCUCCUUUUUUUUCCUGUCCAUCGCUAAAUCGUGAAGAUUAUAAUUCUUCUCAGGACUUUAAAGUGAUUUCAUUGUGACGGUAUCGUCCCCUCCAAAGGAAGAUGUUGUAAAAUCCAGGCUUGUGUGUUUCAGGAGUGAAGAUGGCUGUAAUCGUUUGUAUUAAAUUAUAUUAAAUGCCUUAAACCACGCUAA